AGCCUCGUCUUUCUUUCCUUUCCCUUUCCACGAAAACGUAAUGGAAUAGGAAAAUGACGCACAUAAGAUCUCGAAGCCGACACAUAUGCCAUGUCUGAAAACACCGAAGCCCAAAACGGUAAGUCCCUCGUUCAAGUGUACGUGUGUGUGUAUUCUUCGCUUCGCUCGCUUCUCUUCCUUAAACCGGUGGUGGAUUCGUUACCUUUUUGCUUUAUCUAGAUAUUAAUAAAGUUCCAGGUUUCACCUGAUUGAUGGGAUUCUCCUUCUCUUCAAUCCGUUGUGGUUACUCUUACAUUACAUUCCUCGUCUUCGUCCUUUGUGUCCUCCUCACCUUCUUCGCUACCCUUGUUGAUUCCAGCGUCUUGAAGCCCAAAACAGAGCAUGAUGGAUGCAGUGCCCUGAAGCACUUUCACGACUACGAAUCAAAGUGCGCGUACCUGAAAACCAUCGACCCUUGCGCGAGCCAAGGAUUCGUCGAUUACCUCUCCUUACUCUAUUGCAACUUCGAAAAGUUUCCACUCUUGGGCCAAUCCCUCCUCUUCCUCUGGCUCCUCGCUCUGUUCUACGUCUUGGGCCACACCGCUUCCGAGUAUUUCUGUUCCUCUCUCGAGUCUCUCUCGAAGCUUCUCAACCUAUCCCCAACCGUCGCCGGCGUGACGCUUCUCUCGCUCGGCAACGGCGCUCCUGAUCUGUUCGCGAGUUUGGUCUCUUUCAUGGGGGAAGAUUCGAAGGGUACUUACGACGUUGGUCUCAACACUGUCGUCGGAGGUUCCUCUUUCGUCACGUGCGUUGUGGUUGGGAUUAUAAGCAUCGCGUUGCGUCGUAGAGGGGUUAGGAUCGAGAGGUCUGCUUUUGUAAGAGACGUUUGCUUCUUCUGUGCGGCGAUUGGCUCCUUGGGUUUGAUUUUGGUUUAUGGAAAGAUUAACUUCUGGGGCGCUCUUGGGUUCUGCUCGUUGUAUGCUGUUUAUGUUGCCUUUGUGUAUCUAUCUUGGAGGUUUGGUGGUGAAGGUGGUGAGUUUGAUCUUGAGUCGGUUCAUAAGCGUGGGAGUCUUAGUGAACCAAUCUUGCAAAGAGUGGAUCUUGAUGAUGGUGUUGUUGAUGAAGAGCAUCGUAGUAAUGUCGCUGAUGAUCAUCAGCGACAUUACUACUGGAAGAUGGUGGUUUGGGUUAUGACUUUACCUAUCUACUUACCUAGGAGAUUGACUAUUCCUGUUGUGAGUGAAGCCAAAUGGUCUAAACCAACAGCUGUUGGUUCAGUCACAUUUGCUCCGGUUCUGUUAUCGCUACUAUGGAACUCGAAGCGUAGUCCAACGAGUGUUGAGGCAAGAGUUGUGUAUCUAACCGGGUGUUCGGUCGGUAUAGUUCUCGGUCUCAUUGCAAUAUCCACGACCAAGAAGUCAAACCCACCAAAGAAAUGGUUACUACCAUGGUUAGCAGGAGGAUUUGUAAUGAGCAUGACAUGGAGUUACAUCUCAGCGCAAGAGCUAGUCGCGCUUCUAACUUCGCUAGGUUACAUUUUCGGGGUAAGCCCGUCGAUCUUAGGCUUAACGGUCCUCGCGUGGGGGAACUCGAUAGGAGAUCUUAUAACAAACGUGACGAUGGCGCUGCACGAUGGGGACGAAGGAGCUCAAGUGGCUGUAUCGGGAUGUUACGCGGGUCCUAUCUUUAAUACAUUGUUUGCUCUUGGGAUAUCGCUUGUGGGAUGCGCGUGGGAGGUUUAUCCGUUGAGUAUUGUGAUAAAGACGGAUCCUCGUUUGUUGGAGAGUCUUGGGUUUCUGGUGGUAGGACUGGUUUGGUCGUUCUUGGUUCUGUUUAGUAACCGGAUGAGGCUUGGUGGUGUAAUGGGGGUAGGGCUUUUGGUUAUUUACUUGGCUUCGUUGUCUAUAAGAAUAUUACAAACAGUUGGAGAUUCUUACUAACAUUUGAUUUUCAACUCACAGUUUCAUACGUAUAAUAUAACCAUGGAUUUGUACAAUGCAGUAUGGAUAGCUUAUUACGUAUAGCUCGGGUAUGGGAUAUACAUUGUAUGUAUAUAAAUAGAGUCAUGGAAUUCAAAUUGAGUAGCUAGAAUUUUAAUGCAAAUUGACGGAAAGAGACAAGUGUU